AUGCGGGUGGUGGGCCUGCAGGAGGAUGGGCCCAUGUCCCCUCUUCUGGCUGUGGGCCUCAGAGUCCAGUGGUUGAGACCAGGUCUGAGGAAAUAUUCCUGUCAACUCACAGUCGACGCAAACACAGUACACACAAAACUCCAACUGUCUGACAACAACAGGAAGGUGGCACAUGUGGAGGAGGUUCAGUCAUUUCCUGAUCAUCCAGACAGAUUUGAUUACUGGCCUCAGCUGCUGUGUAAAAAUGGUCUGACUGGUCGCUGUUACUGGGAGGUCGAGUGGAAAGGAGGGGUUUAUAUGUCAGUGAGUUACAGAAGAAUCAGAAGGAAAGGAGACAGUAAAGAUUGUUGGUUUGGUUACAAUGAUCAGUCCUGGAGCCUGAUCUGCUACGAUGAUGGUCCUCAUUCUGUCUGGCACAAUAGCAGAGGAACAUCCAUCUCCUCCUCCAUCUCUGUCUCUAACAGAGUAGCGGUGUAUGUGGACGUUCCUGCCGGCACUCUGUCCUUCUACAGAGUCUCCUCUGACAAUCUGAUUCAUAUUCACACCUUUAGCACCACAUUCACUGAAACUCUUUAUCCUGGGUUUAGAUUCAGGUAUCUUGGUUCCUCAGUGUCCCUGUGCUGAGCUGAGUUUAAAGUAG